CGUCUUGCAGUGCUUCCAUACUCCUCGUUUUAAGCAAGAGACGAAGAAAACCACGAAGGAUUUCUGUCUGCAGUUAGUUUGCUCACAAGGGAGUUGGAAAUAGUCCAGAUCGAUCAAGACAGUCCUUCUCAGAGAUUUUCAGCCGAGUUCGUAAUCUGAGAUGGAUCAGCGAUAGAUCGAUGGAACCAAUUGCGCAGAUGCGGUUGACUUGCAACUGUGGCUCAGCUGCCUGAGGCGUAAGCGGCGAGCUACAACUGGACGGUUCGAAGGGCGUGCUCGCAAGCUUCAGAUCUUCGAGCACUUGAUCUUCAAGUUCCUGGUUUAUCAUUAAUAAUUUCAAAUUCAAGCGCCGGUCGGGCCAAGUGGUUACAGAUCUGAAGCGUGAGUGUAUUUGAGUGCUACAAUCAGAUUUUCGGCGCAAACUCGUGAAUCUGGGAACAGCAAGGAGCUCGAGAACGAGCAGACAUGGCGACGGCGAAGGUUGCACUGGGAAGCCAAGGGUUUCAAGUGUCUCCCCAAGGUUUAGGCUGUAUGGGCAUGUCUUCCUUCUACGGUCCUCAGAAACCCGAGGAGGAGAUGAUAGCGCUGAUUCAUAAAGCUGUGGAGCAUGGGAUCACUCUGCUCGAUACUUCCGAUGUGUACGGACCCCACACGAACGAGAUUCUUGUAGGCAAGGCUGUGAAAGGAAUCAGAGACAAGGUGCAGAUUUGCACGAAGUUCGCCCUCCAUUUUGAUGGUAAAGGCAUGAGUGUCAGAGGAGAUCCCGAGUAUGUGCGAGCUUCGUGUGAGGGGAGCCUCAAGAGAUUAGAUGUGGAAUGCAUUGAUCUAUACUACCAGCACCGCGUCGAUACCAAAGUUCCAAUCGAGAUAACUAUGGGAGAGUUGAAGAAGCUAAUCCAAGAAGGGAAGAUCAAAUACAUCGGACUGUCUGAGGCAUCGGCCGCCGAUAUUCGACGAGCUCAUGCCGUGCACCCUCUAACCGCCAUACAGCUCGAAUAUUCUCUUUGGACUCGUGAUGUUGAGGACGACAUAAUUCCAACAUGCAGGGAGCUGGGUAUUGGCAUCAUCGCGUACAGUCCUCUAGGCCGUGGAUUUCUCUCAGGGAAAAACUUGGCAGACUUGUCGGAGAACGACAUUAGAAAGAAUCAUCCAAGGUUUUCCAGUGAGAACUUUCAACAGAACAAACGUUUUUAUGAUAAGUUGGUUGCCAUGGGAGCUGAGAGAAAUUGCACACCAGGUCAGCUUGCUCUCGCCUGGGUUCAACACAAGGGAGCAAUUCCGAUCCCAGGCACAACUAAGUGGGAGAAUUUGCAGCAGAACAUUUCUUCGUUGGACAUCAAACUUACACCAGAAGAUAUUAAAGCGUUGGAAGAUGCCGUCCCCCACCAGGAAGUUCAAGGAGAUAGAUCUUCUGACAUGAGUAAAACUUGGAUUUAUACCGUCAGCCCCCCUCUUGAAUCAUGGACUGGGUCUAGACAUUGAGUUCUCAUCUAUUCGGUCUGAAUGGUGGAUAAGUAGACGUCUGACAGUGGUUUAAAUAACUUACACGGUUCUAUUUAGUCGUAAAGCAAAGGUUGUAGGAGCUGCGUAUAAUGAGGACAAGGGAUGAUUGAAAACGACCGAUGUGGAAUAAUUCCACAUUGCACAUAUUUGACUGUGAUAAUCUGUCGAAGGCACCUUGCGAAUGUUAGCACAUUGAAUGCUACACAGUUACUUACACGUCAUGAGGCUUCGGACACUAGGGUGGGAGAGGAAGCUUCCGCCACCUGCACACCAUAUACAUGGUCCUCCGUGGAUUUAACACAAGCUGAACAAUCUCACACUGGAAUCCAUGCCACAUGAAUAUGAUAAUCUUCUUGCGGAUGAUAAUCUGCAUUCCAAUAUCAUGCACCCUAAAAACUAUACAUUGCGUCUUUAUACUAUG